AUGCCUGUCUCGCAUCUGACUCUGACUGUCUCACAUCUGCCGACCUCUACAUCUUUUUUUCUCUCAUGUCUUCAGCCGUUGGGGUAUCAGUUCAUCGGGCGACAUGACGAUUACAUUGGCUUCGGCCAGAAACAAGGCGAGCCCGCAGAUUUCUGGAUCACCGAACAAAAGCCAGGAGUUCCUGCGGGUGCCGUCCACGUUGCUUUUCCAGGGCCCUCAAAGGAUGCUGUGGGUGCGUUCUUCAUCAGCGCCUUGAAAGCCGGCGGGAAGAUCCACGGUGAGCCCAAGACGCGUGACGCGCAAUCUGGCUACUUCAGUGCCGCGGUCAUCGACUUUGAUGGCAACAGCAUUGAAGCGGUCUACCGUCCAGACCGCUCCUUGGCUCCAUCGGUGGCUAGCGGACCCACCAUCGCCCUGAUCGAGAAUGGGUCUGUGAUCUCCAAGGCCAGCAGUAAAGCCAGCACAAUCAAGGCCGAGAGCAUCGCGCCCCCCAAGUCCGAGGCCACGUCUCGUGCAGUCUCUAAAGCGCCCACCGCCAUGGAGCGAGCGGCGCCAUCUUCUUACGCCGUGCAGGCACCCCCGAAACCUGACGAUGGCAGCAAAGCAGCCAAGACGAUCGUUGGCACCCUCAUCGGUGCUGCAGCGGGUGCCGCAAUCGCUUAUGCCAUGGUGAAGGGCGACUCGGAGUCAUCCUCAUCUGACACCGGCAACCCGCCUCGGCAAUAUACGGCGGAAUACCCGGCGAUAAAGGCAGCGUCACAGGUGUCUCAAGACGAACAGGCUCCCCAGCCAGUCUAUCGGGCCAUCGAAGCGCCUCCCCCUCGCAGCGUCUAUACGACGUCAGCACCCCGUUCGACCGUCAGCCAGAGUGUCACCUCCAAGAACCCGCGCGCCAGCACCAUCUACGAGGGCACCGAGUUCUUCCAUGACGAGUCCGGACGACGCGCCUCGGAAGGCAGCAUCUACACGGUGCCGGAAGACAUACCCCUCCGAGCCAUCGAGUACCCGCCGCCCAGCAACGCCUCGCAGCAGCGGUACCCGUGCAAUCCCAGCACGUUCAUCAGCAGCUAUGCGGCCGACAAGCCCCGCGGCGUGGCAGGCAGCGUGCACUCGGCGUCAACGAUCAAGGCGUCCCGCAGCAGUCUCCAACGCCGACAUAGCCACGAUGAUCGCGACGGGUCUUCGUCGUCACACAGCCUGGCCCAAAGCCACCACAGCCAGAGCCAUCACUCGCACCGCGCAUCCAUGACCCACCCGCUCAAAUCCGGGUCCAUCACCGGCAAAGACAAGGCCGGCAGCACCGACCCCAGCCUCAGCGGCAAGUCGUCGCACGUCUCCGCCCGCAACGUGCCUCUCCCCUCCGGCUCGACCGCCUCAUUCUACUCCUCGCGCAGUGCCAACCCGCCCCCCAGCGUCGGCGGCAAGUCGCAUGUCUUGGCGCGCGACAUCCCGCUCCCCGGCAGCGUCGUCGACCUCGACGUGAACUCGCAUGUCACUCCCGACGACUCUAUAAGCCAGGUCGGCAGCCAUGCCGGUGGCGGUCGGGCCCGGUCGACGCAUUCGCAUUCGCAUUCGCACCGCUCGUCGCAUUCCAAGGCCGCCUCGCGCGCCUCAAAACACUCGUCGCACUCCAAGUCCAAAUUCGAGGUCCCCGUCCGCCCGGCUGAUAGUAUUAGCCAGGUAUCCGGCACCUCACAGCGGACUAUCAAGGCCGGCGGGAGUAAGCCUACGUCGAGAGUGAGUAGCCGGCGUGGGAGUCAGGUUGUAUAG